AUGUCGGGGACAAAGCGACAAGCGGCAUUAAGGCUAAGUGGUGCUAAUCGUGCAAAACGAGGUGUAAAAUUGAGCAAACCAAUUCGAGACCGUGUAGCAUGUCGUGAUGAGUCACCAGAAAUUCGAAGCGUUCGGAAAGGACGAAUUCGUCUUGGUAGUGUUGCACCGUUGUUAUCACGUCGAGCUAAAGCUCUUGCCAUGAAGACACAUUACAGUCACUACUCAGAUGAUGAAGACUCUGACGAUAGUUGCACGGGCGAUGGUGAGGAGAAGGACGAGGACGACGAGGAGAAAGAUAAUGAUGAAGAAUUUUAUGAUUAUGAUCAAAAUCAUCGAUCAUAUAAUCAUCGUCGUACACCAUCAUAUCAUGUUAAGUGCAUGAAAGAUUAUGAGGAAGAUUACGACGACGAGUUAGUUUCAUCAACAUCAAAGCAUAAUCGUACACAAGUUAAAAAGAAAAAAAAAUUAAGUAAAACACGUAAAGCGACCACUGCUACGCCAACAAUUUCAAAUAGAACAAAAUCGCUCACAAAUGGAAAAGCUAAGAAAAUUACUGCUCGAUGUAAUUCAAAAAAAACAAAAGCAGUACAUAAUGAGAAGACAAUUCCAUCUGGUCCAAUAACACGUUCACGUAGAGCAAUGAUGAUGACCAUGAAUGAUUAUUAA